GGAAAGGCUCAAAAAAAUUUUAGAAUUAUAUGAAGAUAAAAUUAUUCUGUUGAAAGCAUUAAAUAAUCUGAAAAUAUGACGCUUGUCUUGGAUGUUCAAGGCUUCAAAUUGGAGAAAAAUAAAUUUAUUGUGAAAGAGCUGGCAGCAUUUGAUGGAUCCAAAAUAUGUCACUAUAUUUUCAAAGCACCCUUUCCACUUGAUCAAUUAUCACCAGAUUUGCAAAGGCAAGCUCACUGGCUGACUGAAAAUCAUCACUGCCUUCCGUGGGAUAUGGGAUUCACACCACUACAUUUAUUCGGAAAAAUCAUCAUGGAUUUGACAAAUUCUUCAGACAUUAUCUAUGUGAAAGGGUUCGAAAAGGCCAACUAUAUUAGACAGUUUAUCAAAAAACUAGUUGUUGAAUUUGAUGAGCAGCCAACUUUGAAAAUGACCCAUCCAAAAUGUUUCAACCAUUCAAAGACUCAAUGUAUAUGUGCACUAUCUAAUGUUUUUUAUUUAUAUGAGAAUUUUAUUAUGAGAUGUUCAUGA